AUAGCUAUAAUUAAUCUCAUCAUUAUAUCGUUUAUAUUCAAUUCCCAGAUUAUUAAAAGUUAAAAAUAUUGAAAUAAUAAGAACAGUUUUCCUGGUUUUUAGUUUCUAGUACGUGUAUUGAAUAUUAUCCCACGAUCGAGUUGGAUCUUACCUAUAUUAAUUUUUGAAAUAACAUCACGAUCUUAUCGUUAAUCGCGGAAGUGAUGUACAGUUUCUAUUAUCAUUUAUAAGAAUUCUUCAACUAAUUAUUUAUUAAUUCUUGAAAUCAUUAGAUUGAUGUACAUGUUGCUUGAUAACUAUGUCAGUGCAGAUUGUAUCCAUAUUUUAUUUGUUAACUGUGAUUUCGGUUAUUGCCAUUGAAAAUGAAUUCUGUCGAUAUUCUUGUCCAGGACAAAAAGAGGUACACAUGAAUACCAUUUGUAUGAGGGAAGCACUGAGAUGUGGAGGUGGGGUUACUUGUGGAUCUGAUUUUAAAGAACUUAUUCUAACUAAUGCUGAGAGACAAUACAUUCUAGAUUGGCACAAUUAUUUGAGAAAUAGAGUAGCAAUGGGAAAGGAGCGUAGAGGGGGAGAACAACCAUCUGCAUCUAACAUGAAUACUUUAGUUUAUAAUAAGGAACUGGAAUUUAUGGCGCAAUGUUGGAUCAACGAAUGUCACGAAUCUAUUUUAGUUCAUGACAAAUGUAGAAGAACUAAGAAGUUUUCAUGGGUUGGACAAAAUUUGGCUUACGUAGGAAGUACUGCCCCGAAUGAAUUAAGCAAUAGAGGAUCAAUGAUCAAAAAAUUAAUACUGGGUUGGUACGACGAAGUGGCAUUAUUUAACAAAACCUGGGUUUCCGAUCACCAAGAAAGAUUAGUAAAUAUAGGACAUUAUACUGCAAUGAUCUGGGCGGAUACCAAAAACGUAGGAUGUGGUAUGUCUUACUACUCUUAUAAGGAAAGUAAUAAGACUUGGUAUAUCCUUAAAUUGGGAUGUAAUUAUGGCCCUGGUGGUAACUAUUUAGGACGACCGUUGUACAAAAUUGGAAAACCAGCUACGAAAUGCACGGGAAGAAAAGUUAACAGAAGAUUCCCUGGAUUAUGUGGAGUUGAUAUAUCUGUUAAUCAAACGAAGGGCUAUGAAAACAUAUUGUUCAAUUUUCGUGUUUGAGAAUAGUUAGGACUUUGGUAUUAGUCGAGUGCAUUUCAUUAUAGGAAUAAUAUACUUUUAUUUAAAUAAAAUAAAAUGUA